AUGGCUCCUCUACACCCUUUUGACCCUAUUACGCCCGGGGAAAUUCAGCUGGCUGUUCGGGUCUUGGAGGCGGCAUUCCCCGAUGUCAAGCUGCGCUACAAGCGAAUUGAUCUCCAGGAACCAACCAAACAUGAAACUGUUCCCUAUCUUGAGGCUGAACGCCUCGGCAAACCGCGGCCAGCCAAGCCGGCGCGUCUUCUGAUGACAUUAUUCCACCGUCUCGACAAUGGAUCGUUCUACAAGGCGAUCGUCAAUGCAGAUUCGAAGCUGAUUGUAUCGGCAAAGGAACUGCCCAAGGAUGUCCAGGGUCCAUUGGACGUGGACGAAAUGAUGCAGAUUGAAGAGAUUUGCUUGAAGCAUCCCGCAGUUCAAGCCGAGAUCGAAAAGCUGGAACUUCCCGCCGGAAUGACCGUCUGCUUGGAUCCGUGGAUCUACGGCACCGAAGAUGCCAAGGAAACGCGGCGGUUAUUCCAGUGCUACAUGUAUAUUGUGGCGGUGGACCAUCCCCAGAACAAUCAGUAUUCUAUCCCUUGCAAAUUCUCACCUGUCUUCGAUGGUAUCACUCACGAGCUGGUCCGCAUGGACUACCUGCCCGGUGGAGCCGAUACGCAGACGGCCGAGACACAGCCGUGGAAGCAAGUCGCUCCCAUUCAAUACGCUCAUGAGCUGCUGGAUCAGCCACUCCGCACCGACCUGAAGCCCUACAUUGUCCAACAGCCUGAGGGCGCUUCAUUCAAUGUGAUCGGGAAUGCAGUUUCAUGGCAGAAAUGGCGAUUCCGGGUUGGUUUCAACAACCGCGAGGGUCUUGUUCUGCACAACAUCACCUACGACGGUCGCAACACAUUCUACCGUCUCUCCUUCUCCGAGAUGACUGUGCCUUAUGGAGAUCCCCGGGCCCCUUACCACCGCAAGCAGGCCUUUGACGUUGGUGAUGUGGGCUUCGGCAUCACCGCAAACCAGCUGGCCCUUGGCUGUGACUGCUUGGGUCACAUCAAGUACUUUGAUGGCUACCGUACCGACUGCAAAGGCGAGCCAGUCCAGCUCAAGAAUGUCAUUUGCAUGCACGAGCAAGACAACGGUCUGCAGCACAAGCACACCAACUACCGCACGGGAGCGGCCACAAUCGUCCGCAACCGACAGCUGGUGGUGCAGAUGAUUUGCACUGUGGCCAACUAUGAAUACAUUUUCGCUUUCAUUCUAGACCAGGCGGCAAACAUCGAGCUCGAGGUCCGCGCCACAGGUAUCUUAUCUACCGUGCCAUUCGACCACAGCGACGGACAGACUGUGCCAUGGGGCACCAACGUUGGACCGGGUGUGAUGGCUCCCUUCCACCAGCACAUGUUCUCUCUGCGCAUUGACCCUGCUCUGGAUGGAUUUAACAACACAGUCUAUUACGAGGACAGCGUUCCGAUGCCCGAGGAUGAUGCUAACCCCUGGUCGGUCGGUUACACUACCGAGAAGAACGUGAUCAAGCAGAGUGGUAGCGCGUCAACGAGCAUUGAAAAGCACCGCGUCUUCAAGAUUCGCAACGACAACAUCAUCAACCCCAUCACGUACCACCCCAUCGCGUACAAAUUGAUGACCAACCCGAGCCAGAUGCUCCUUGCUCAUCCCAAGUCCUUUGGCGCGAAGCGUGCUCAGUUCGCUACCCGCCCGAUCUGGGUGACCAAAUACCAGGACGACGAGCUAUUCGCCGCCGGUGAAUUCACCAAUCAAAGCAAAAGUUCAGAGGGCGUGGAAGUCUGGGCUGCACGAAACGACAACGUGGAGAACGAGGAUCUCGUUCUUUGGCAUACAUUUGGUCUCACUCACAACUCUCGCAUUGAGGAUUUCCCCGUCAUGCCAGUGGAGCGGGUCAGUGUCAUGCUCAAGCCGGAUGGAUUCUUCACGCAAAACCCUGCAUUGGAUGUUCCACAGUCCUCGCAGUCCUUCAACCAUUCUACCUUGCACCCAGAGCCAAGCUGCUGCUCUGGACCGCAGGACCGCAGCCACGUCAAAUUGUAG